CCUCGCUUUUCUUCCUUGUACUGCUCCUCCAAAAUCCCACCCUCCGCGGCGGGUCGCGGCAUCCGCGGCAACGGUCGCGUCGAUGCUCUGCGAUGACGACCUCCUCCGCGAGAUCCUCCUCCACCUCGACUUCCUCACCUGCCUCGUCCGCGCCGCCGCCGUCUGCAAGCGCUGGCUACGCGCCGCCGCCGAUCCCGCCUUCCUCCGCCGCUUCCGCGACCUCCACCCGCCCUUCCUCCUCGGCUCCUACGUCGUCACCACCGGCCACCCGCGCGUGCGCUUCGUGCCGAUGUCACAGCCCCCCGAGCUCACCGCCGUCAUCCGCCUUGGCAGCUUCGACCUGCCCGACGACGCCAUAGCUUUGUCGAACUGCCGCAACGGCGGCCUCAUCGUCCUCGUCAGGGGCAGAUACCCCGCGUACAGCCCACUGCAUCCUGCACGAGGCACCGUCGCCCUCCCACGGAUCUACAUGUUAUGCCCUCCCACAGUCUACCGCCCACUGCUCCCUGAGGACGCUGGCGACCGCACUGCAGGGACCUUGGUGCUCAAUGAUCAGAGAGUCUGUGUUCACUUAUCCGACUUACAAGCUGGAGCCUGGGGCAAAGAGCUCACCUCAGAUCUUAAGGAGCUACCGAAGCAGUGGAGGUACUGCGCGUUUGAUUUGCUCGCCUAUGGUAAGCUCUACAUGAUCCGAAUGGUAGGGCACAUUAUUGGGUUAGAUUUACCAUCCAGGAGCUUGUUCUAUAUCAACCUUCCAGAAGGAGUGGAGUAUGAGUCUGAUGUGAACUUUGAGCUGUCAUGCGCUGAGGGCUCUGGAUUUUUAUCUCAUUCAUGUGAAAGGGGUUUAAAUUUUUUUGUCUGGUAGUCACCUUGCAGAUUCUAUGUAAAGAUGUAUAAAUGGGCUGUGUCUACUGAGCCGAUCCGAGGCACGGUAUUGUAGGCACGGCACAACCCGAUCACCGACGGGUCGGGCCGGCACGACACGAGGUCACGGGCCGUGCCUGGGCCGAGCGUGCGGCACGACGGGCCGGCACGGCACGUAUUUUCUAUUUUUUAUAUAUAUUUUUAAUUUUUUAGUUAUUUUUAAAUAUUUUUUAUCUAUUUUUUAUAUUUUUAUCUAUUUUCUAUAUAUUUUUCAUAUAUUUUUUUCAUUUUUUUAUCUAUUUCGGCCCGUCGGGCCGAUAAGGCCGAAAUCGU